AUGGCCGGAAAUCAGGAGGUGACCAAGGUGGGAGACCUCCCGGAGGUCUGCCUGGCGCACGCCAUCGCGCUCACCUCCCCGCGCGACGCCUGCCGCUGCGCCGCUGUCUCCCCGGCCUUCCGCGCCGCCGCGGACUCCGACCACGUCUGGCGCCGCUUCCUCCUGCAGGGACCGGCGGUGACCAACAAGUCGACGGCAAGCAAGGACGCCUACCUCCGCCUCUGCGACACCGGCGCCGUGCUCGUCGACGGCGAAGGCAACGCCAUGAGGAUGUGGCUGGACAAGGCGAGCGGCGCCAAGUGCUACAUGCUGUCGGCGAGGGCGCUGAGCCUGCCUUGGGACGACGGCGAGUUCCGUGACGUGGCCCAGCUGGUCGAGUGCACGUCGCUGGACAUCUACGGCCGGCUCCCGGUCGCCGAGCUGACGCCGGCUACCUGCUACGCCGCGUACCUGGUCUACGGCCUGGCGGACGGGCACCGCGGCCUGAGCUUCCCGGACCAGGAGACGACGGUGGCGCUGGCCUCCGGCCGCGUGGGGGCAGGGGCGUCGCGCCACGCCGUGUGCCUCCAUCCCGACGAGGCCGAGGCGCGCAAGUUCAGGGCCGUCUCCCGCGGCACCGGCGCCGAGGAGACAAGGCCACCGAGGCUGCGGGAGGACGGGUGGUCAGAGAUGGAGAUGGGUCAGCUGCGCACGCCCGGCGACGGCGGCGAGCAGGAGACCGCGGUCGCCGGCGAGGAGGAGGUGGUGGUGAGCUUCGAGGUGCUGGGGUGGUACUCGAAGCGCGGGCUCAUUGUCGAAGGCGUCGAGUUUAGGCCCGUCUACUGA